CCCACGACUACUAACCCCAACCCUUCCCGCGUUCGGCAGAUAACGAUUCGAGAUGGGUCACUCCUACGGAAAGAGAGCGGGCACCCGCUAUGCCUUCAGCCGGGACUUCCGCAAGAAGGGCAUGAUCGCCCUGAACACCUAUCUCCGACAGUACCGUGUUGGUGAUAUCGUCGACGUCAAGGCGAACGGUGCCGUCCAGAAGGGUAUGCCCUACAAGGUGUACCACGGCAAGACUGGUGUUAUCUACAACGUCACCAAGUCCGCUGUUGGCAUCAUUGUCUACAAGAAGGUCAAGCACCGAUACCUCGAGAAGCGAAUCAACAUCCGAAUCGAGCACAUCCAGCCCUCGCGAUCUCGUGAGGACUUCCUCAAGCGGGUGAAGUCCAACGCCGAGGCCAAGAAGCAGGCCAAGGCCGACGGUGUCCAGGUCUCCGUCAAGCGCCAGCCCCUCGGCCCCCGAGAUGCCCGAACAGUCUCCCUCACCGACAACCCUCCCGAGACCCUCACUCCUCUCCCCUACGAGACUACGAUCUAAAAAGGAUUCCUGCUGGGGUUGGGUGGUGCUUGCUUCUUUUUGCUUGGGGUAUUGCGUCCGGAUGGGAAAGAAUCUCUGCAUGGCAAGGGCUUGCAUUUUGAUGUCGAUAGGGAAUGAGACUAAAAAUGACAUCGUUUGAAAGCAUGCCAAAUGUCUGUAUUUGAAGAUACCUCUGGUGAAGCGUGUCUGACCCAUGUCGUGGGUUGGCCAUUGACUUGACGCAUCAAUGAAUAACCCGGCUUCG